AUGAAGAACCAGCGCGACAAGCUACGACAAUACCAGAAACGAAUCACAGUAAUAACGAACCGCGAGACCGAGGUUGCCCGUGAGUGUCUCGCCAAGGGAGAUAAAGCCAAAGCUCUUCUCGCGCUUCGACGCAAGAAAUACCAAGAAUCCCUCCUCUCCAAGACCGACGCGCAACUGGAACAGCUGGAGAAAUUGACCAGUAGCGUUGAGUUUGCGCUGGUGCAAAAGGAUGUGCUUUUCGGCCUACAGCAAGGGACGCAAGUGUUGAACAUGAUCCACCGGGAAAUGGGAGGGUUGGAGGGAGUGGAGAAGAUGAUGGCAGACACAGAAGAAGCCCGGCGGUACCAGCAGGAAAUCAGCGAGGCUCUGGCAGGACAGAUGUCGAAUGAAGACGAAGACGAAGUGGAAGACGAACUAGAGGCCAUGGAAAGAGAGGUGUCUGGUGUCGGGGCAUUACCGGACGCGCCCGACAAGACUAUUGUCGGGACUAUUGUCGGCGAGGGCACAUUGCCGGAAGCCCCCAAAACAGAGCUGGGAGCGGAAACGCAAAGGAUACAGAAACAAAAAGAGAGGGCUCGGCAGAGGAGAAUGGCGUUGGAAGCCGCUUGA